AUUUGACAUCAAUUGCGACAUCAACGUUAUAGUACUUAUUGGCCAGCUACCCCAACCCCCUUUCUUUCCAUUCUACAUUACAGCAUUACUCUCUUCAUCCUACCACAAACCAGAGUUAGAGUUUACUCUCUUCAUCUUUUUGGUCUUUGACUGACUCUUGCUUCUUUCACACUCUUAGCAACCAUGUCUUUGCUCUCAGAUCUCAUCUCCGAAUCCCGCACCGGCACCCACAAGAUCAUUGCUGAAUACAUAAAAACCAGAGACUUUCCCUUUUGCUUCUUUAAUGCUUUUCAUGUGGUGGAAAACAGGAUUGGUGUGGAUCUGGCUUCGACAUCAGAAGCAAAGCAAGGGUUAUUUGUGAUGCAUACACCCCAGCUGGAGAGCCAAUCCCUACAAACAAGAGACACAAUGUUGCCAAGAUCUUCAGUCACCCUUAUGUUGCCUCCGAGGAACCAUGCACGAAACGCAGAGGAAAAGCCAGAAACCCUACCACUAGUCACUGAAAGAUUGCGAUUCGCAGCCAGAGAAGUGACAUUGUCGUUCAGUUACGUGUAAGCUCCACAGCAGCAGUGAGUUUGAAACCGUUGCUUUCCGGGAGAAGAUCGUGUCAG